UUGAACCAGGCGGCGCUCCGUAGCCAGAGAGGCGUUAACAGAGUGUGUUAAAAAUAAAAAUAAAAAUAAAUUAGAUGAAUUUAGCUUCUCCGUGAACACAACCAGCGGCGGUUCUGUCUGUUGUUCGUCGGGAUCCAGGCUCCAGCAGCGGGACAGAGGCUCGACUCGACCGCAACACGGUUCUGGGUCGAGUGAAUCCGGUCUCAGGAUGAGUUCUAAGGGGGGCGGCACCGCUCUGACCCGGAGGAGCUAUAGACUGGCUUCAGAUACCGAUAAACCCAAAGCUACAGGUAUCGUUAAUGAGAAGCUGCUCAGCGAUUACCUGCAUCAUGUGUUUCCUUCCACCAAUCAGGGACCUGCUGUGGCCUCGCUCAGGAAGCCUCUUGGUUUCCAGGACCUUGGAUCUCACCUGGAGAGACUUCUGUCUGAGGAUGAAGUGUCCGAGGACCAGUCUGAAGGCCGUCUGGGUCCUCAGCCCGUGGUCCUGGAUCACACCAGCGGAUUCGAAGGACUUCUGUUUGUAGAUGAUGACCUGCUGGGAGUCAUCGGUCACAGCAACUUCAGCUCCAUCAGGGCGACGACUUGUGUCUACAAAGGGAAAUGGGCCUAUGAGGUUCUGAUCUCGUCUCAGGGUCUGAUGCAGAUCGGAUGGUGUACUCUCAACUGUCGCUUCAACCAGGAGGAGGGGGUUGGGGACACUCCAGACUCGUACGCCUACGAUGGAAACAGAGUGAGGAAGUGGAACGUGACGACCACCAACUAUGGAAAGUCGUGGGCCGCUGGGGACAUCGUGAGCUGUCUCAUAGACCUGGACGAAGGGACCAUAACGUUCUGCCUGAAUGGACAGUCUCUGGGGACGGCUUUCACCAACAUUAAGACGGGUCCAGGUGUUGCCUACUUUCCUGCCAUCAGCCUCUCCUUCAAAGAGUCCGUCGGCUUCAACUUCGGCAGCAGACCUCUCAGGUACCCCGUGGAUGGAUACUUGCCCCUCCAGGACCCCCCCUCUGCAGACCUGCUGAAGACCCACAAGCUGCUGGGCUACAUCAAGAACGUCCUGUCAACGUCCAUCGACUCUCAGGAGGACCGGCUGGUGGACCAGGACUGUGGUCUGUGGAGGCUCCAUGGAGACCCCACGGUCCUCAUCACCCUGGCCCACAUCUUCAACCACUUCGCCCCUCUCAUGUGUAAAGUCUACCUGGUGGAGGACGUCCUGAUGAACUUCCUGCUGGGGAUUCUGGAGGGGGGGGGUUCAGUGGACGAACACCCGCUCAUCCAGCAGCUCCUGGACCUGUUCUGGCUCCUGAUGGAGGACUAUGAAGUAAAUGAGUGUCUGAAGCAGCUGAUGAUGUCCCUGCUGAGGGCCUACCGCUACUCCCCCAUCAUCCCAGACCUGGGCUUCCAGAUUCACUACCUGCGUCUGACCACGGCCGUCCUCCGCCAUGAGAAGUCCAGGAAGUACCUGCUCAACAACGUCUUGUUCGACGUCCUGCGUUCAGUCGUCUUCUUCUACAUCAAGACUCCUCUGAGAGUGAAGGAGGCGGGGCUAGAGGAGCUCAUCCCCACCACCUGGUGGCCCACACACUUUGACAAGGAGGGUAAAGAUGAGCGGGAUCCCAAAGAUGAAAGUGCAGAUGAGCGUCUGAGGCGUCGAGCCUAUGAGAGAGGCUGCCAGAGGCUGAAGAAGAGGAUUGAAGUGGUGGAAGAGCUGCAGGUUCAAAUCCUGAAGCUGCUGCUCAACAACAAAGACAAGACCACGGGAGAAGCUUCUCGUUACAUUUUCCUCAACAAGUUCAGGAAGUUUCUCCAGGAAAAUGCCAGCAACAGAGGGCACCCCACAGCCCUGUGUCCUCCAGAGUACAUGGUGUGCUUCCUGCACCGCCUCAUCACGGCCGUCAGAUCCUGUUGGGACGAAGGAGUCAAGACGAGUUCCAGCAGCUUCAGCAGUGAAGACGCCUACGUUCCUCCUCAGCUCUUCUACAACGGUAAGGUGGAUUAUUUUGACCUGCAGAGACUGGGAGGACUUCUGUCCCACCUGAAGAAGACCCUCAAAGAUGACUUGGCCAGUAAAGCCAACAUCAUCAUCGACCCAGCAGAGAUUCAGGCCGCGACGAUGGACGACCUGGACGAGGACGAGGAGGGCGGAGCUGCACAGAGGCCGUUGGGUGCUGCAGCGAUGGGUGGAGCUCUGGCCCGGCCCAGCUGGUUGAGUUCUCCCACUCUGGGUCGGGCUAAUCGGUUUCUGAGCACAGCUGCCGUUAGCCUCAUGACUCCUAGGAGACCCCUGAGCCAGCCGGAGAAGGUGAAGGUUCGAACCCUGGCCGUGGAGCAACGCACCGAGGAGGACAUUGAGGGAAGCCAUGGAAACGACGGCCUGUUGCUAGGGCGACCGCUGGAGGAGCCUGACCAGCCAAUCAGGGAGAAGUCACUGCUGGAGAUGGUUGAUGGGAUCGUGAUGAUGUACAACCUGAGUGUGCACCAGCAGCUGGGGAAGAUGGUGGUGGUUUCAGAUGAUGUCCAUGAAUACGCGGUGGCCCUGAAGGACACGGAGGAGAAGAUCUCUAGAUGCCCCUCCAGAAGGGCCGACAUCCUUGACGAGCUCCAGAAGAGUCAGAAGGUUUUUGCAGAGAAGUUAAACCACCUGAGCAGGAGGCUGGCCUGGAUCAACGCCACUAUCUAUUCCAAGGAGAAGAUGCUGGACGUGUACUGGCUGCUGUGCGUCUGCAUCAGAACCAUCGAACACGCCGACGUCACCGGAUCCUUGUUCGCCUUCACCCCCGAGUUCUACCUCAACGUGGCCAUGAACGCCUACAGCGCCCUCAAGAACUACUUCAGCCCCGGCAACGGCCCCGGCAACGGCCCUGGCAACGGCCUGGAGGAGCAGCUCCCCGGCUAUGAAGACACCCUGACCCGUCUUGCUGCCAUCCUGUCCAAACACUUCGCUGACCCUCGCAUCGUGGGGACAGAUAUCAAAGACUCUCUAAUGCAGGCGCUAGCUAGCUAUGUCUGUUACCCACAAUCCCUCAGGGCCGUGGAGAGGAUCCCAGAGGAGCAACGAGUGGCCAUGAUGAGGAACCUGCUGGCUCCGUACGAGCAGAGACCCUGGGCCCAGACCAACUGGAUCCUGGUCCGACUCUGGAGGGGUUGUGGCUUCGGCUACAGAUACACUCGUCUUCCUCACCUGCUGAAAACCAAACCUGAAGACGCCAACCUGCCCAGCCUCCAGAGAGAUCUGUCCAUUGCUAGUUUCCAAAAGCCGUGUCCAUCGUUGCUGCUGCAGAGACACAUGGCCGAGCUGCUGAGCUCCGACAAAGACAUGGCUGCCUCCUUCCUCAACAGCGUCCUCAACCAACUCAACUGGGCUUUCUCCGAGUUCAUCGGGAUGAUCCAAGAGAUCCAGCAGGCUGCAGAACGUCCAGAGAGGAACUUCGUGGACACUCGUCAGCUCAAGGUGUGUGCCACCUGCUUCGACCUGUCCGUCAGCCUGCUCAGGGUUCUGGAGAUGACCGUCACUCUGGUGCCGGAGAUCUUCCUGGACUGGACCCGCCCCUCUGCAGAGCUGCUGCUCCGACGCCUCGCUCAGCUCCUGAACCAGGUCUUGAACCGAGUGACUGCAGAGAAGAACCUGUUUGACCGAGUCGUCAACCUCAGACUUCCAGGUCUGGAGAGUGUGGACCACUACCCCAUCCUGGUGGCGGUGACCGGGAUCCUGGUCCGGAUCCUGGUGGAUGGAGACCGACAGGGGAUUUCUCGAGCUGCUGCCGUCCUGCUCUCCGACCCCUGCUUCCAGCUCCACUCCAUCCAGCACCUCCUGGGGGAGGGAGGAGACUCCUCCAGCUCCUCAGCUGUCGUCACCUCCACCCUCCGGCCAGCCGUCAGCUCUCUGGGUUCAGCCAUGACGCCUCCGAUCCCUUCGACCGCUGGAAACUCCUCUGAGCGCAAACACUUCUCUCUGCAUGCAUACACCGACUACAUCAGUGAGGAGGAGAAGCAGAAGGUGGAGCUGAUGCUGGCGUUUCUGACUGAAGAGUCCAAACAGGCUGCAGCCAGCACCGCUCCGACCAGCGAAGAAGAUCUGUGUCCCAUCUGCUACGCUCACUCCAUCUCCGCCAUCUUCAAGCCCUGCUCCCACAAGUCCUGCAAAGCCUGUAUCAACCAGCACCUGAUGAACAACAAGGACUGUUUCUUCUGCAAAGCCACAAUCACCGGAGUGGAGGACUACAGCAAACCCUGCUAACACACACACACUAUUAACACACACACACUAUUAACACACACACACACACAC